UUCUACGAAAUAAUGUGUAUUAUAUACAUAAUAUUGGGUGUGAUCUGGUUGAUUCUCUCUGCGCUCCAGUGGCAAGACCUUCUGCGAAUCCAAUUUUGGAUAGGAGGAGUCAUAUUUUUAGGUAUGUUGGAGAAAGCAACAUUUUACGCAGAGUAUCGUAGUAUCAAUGUCACAGGAAAAUCAGCCCUUGAUGGAGCUGCAAUGAUUGCGGAACUGGUUUCCUGUGCAAAACGUGCUCUUGCCAGAAUGCUAGUCAUAAUUGUCAGCGUUGGUUUUGGCAUUGUCAAACCCAGGCUGGGACCUGUACUUCACCAGGUGUUAGGUGUCGGUGCUUUGUAUUUUAUAUUUGCCUCUGUCGAGGCUUACGUCCGAGUGACAAGUUUAUAUCACGACAUGUCCAAAGCAAUGUACUUUGCCUCUAUACCCCUAGCAAUUUUGGACUCUUCAAUUUGCUGGUGGAUCUUCACGAGCCUAGUUCAAACCACUAGGGUACUUAGAUUAAGAAGGAAUGUAGUGAAAUUAACUUUGUACAGACAUUUUACCAAUACUUUGAUAUUUGCUGUCGUUGCUUCCAUAAUUUUCAUGUUGUACUCAAUCAAAGCCUUUCGACUUCCCGCCUGUCUCAAGGAUUGGAAAGAACUGUGGGUAGAUGAGGCAUUCUGGCAUUUCUUGUUCUCUGUUAUAUUAUUAGUAAUCAUGAUCCUAUGGAGGCCUACAAACAAUAAUCAAAGGUAUGCCCACACGUCCCUUCUAGAUGGAUCAGAAGACGAGGAGGAUGAGGAAGAAGAAAGGUUUAUCAAUGAUGCCUAUGGUGUGAAAUUAAGAGGCUUUGGAAGUCGUAGUAACUCUCCAACCAGAAACAAAUCAGCCAGCACCACGAAUAGUCCAGAAGAAGAUUUAAAGUGGGUGGAAGAAAAUAUCCCAACCGCUCUGGUUGACACGACGUUGCCAAUUUUGGAUUCUGAUGAGGAAGUCAUGACCACCAGGUUUGAAAUCUCAAAGAUGCAGUGAUCCUAAAUCUAGAAAUCUGCAGAGCUGACAUCAAUCAUCUAGGAAACAGUUCCUUUGUUCACAUUGCUCCUUCUAAGUUUUUUUUGUACUUGGCCAUGAAAAACCCCAACUUGUCAAGUGAGGCCCAAGAAAUUUUGUUUUCUCGAAGUAUCAGCGUUCCGAUCAGUGAUAUUUGUUACCUGUCAGAUACUUUAGACCGUUCUACUUUUGAAAAGUAGGACAGAUUUAGACUUAUUUACCUGAAAGACGUCUAUCUGCUAUGGAUAACAUGUGUAGGUAGACUCCUUUUAUGUAAAUGCCUCUGCCCAUGCGAACAAAGUCAGUCCACUUGCGGGAGUUUCAAAAAAAGUUACGUGUGCAAAAUUUAAGGACUAGUAACACAUCUUAAGUAGGGACAGACUUGAGAUUAAAAGAGAAAGACGCCAGUGUCGGGAAUUAAUAAGCGCUCACAAAUAUUGUUUGCAAACACUUCAUGAAAAGCCAGAGUUUUAUAAAAUUUCUUCAAAGAGACCUCUUCCAUGUAAUGAAAUCCUCACUUGACGCUGCAUUUUUAUAUUCUUUGUUGUUACAUAUUUUCUGUUA